AUGCGGACCUCCUUUCUUCACUCCAGCCUCUGGCUGCUUUCCCUCACCCCCGUCAGAGCACAAUGGCCGGUCGACGCCCAAGCAGCCACUGUCAGAGAGCUCGAGCAUCUCUUCCUCGACGCUGCUACCUACAAUCUCAAGAGGAUGAUCACACCAUGCUCACAGUAUAUCGAUUCAUCUACCGGCCUAGCAAACCCCAACCUUGGCCGCCAGACAGCUGCCGAAUGGAUCCGGACAGCCUUCCAUGACUUCGUGACAGGAAACAUUUAUACUCUACAAGGCGGUCUGGAUGCGUCGAUUGGGUUCGAAACGACUCGUGCUGAAAACGUUGGCACCGCCUUCAACGAUGCCCUCACCAACUUUGGUUAUUACUUCAACGCCGCUGUGUCCAUGGCGGACCUUAUUUCUUUGGGCACUGUCUUAGCUGCUGGGCACUGCGGAGGUGUACAUGUGCCGAUGCGAGGCGGCCGAAAGGAUGCCGCAGCGGCUGGCCCCACUGGUGUUCCACAGCCCCAGCAAGAUCUCAACACGCAGUUGGGAGUCUUCGGCAAUGCUGGCUUCAAUCGUGAUGAUACCAUCGCUUUGACCGCCUGUGGUCACACCUUGGGAGGCGUUCACAAGAAAGAUUUUCCCGACGUUGUCAACAAUGCCCCAGGGACCCAAACAGGUACAGAUGGGCGCAUUGCCUUCGACGAGACUGACUCGGGCUUCGACAAUGGGCUGGUCAACGAUUACCUGGGCAGCAAAAACGCAAAAGGUGGUCCUCUGGUCACCACCACAAACGUGACCGUGCAGUCCGACCUCCGGCUGUACGUCUCCGAUCAGAAUGCUACAAUGCAACGAUUGGGUCAGUCCAACGACUAUUUUCUAUCACAGUGCUCGUCCACCUUUCAGCGUAUGAUUGAGACUGUUCCGUCCGGUGUUCGCCUAAGCACCCCCAUCGACCCAACGACUACCACGAAUCUGAAACCGUAUAACGUCGAUCUGAACGUCGACUGGAGUGGCAACAUGGUUUGUACGGGGAACCUCCGUUAUGUCCAAGUCCCCGGUUCAGCAGCAGGGCCAGGCAGCUACACAGUUACACUUAUCGGUAGAGAUGGUAAGACAACGACAACGACUGCAACGGCCACGAAAUCGGCUGCAGAUUCAGGGACAGGCAUCUACGGUGCUACAAACUCAUACAAGUUCCAACUCUCGUUCCCUGCCUCAACAGGCCUCUCAGGUAUCUCAGUUGGUGGGCAGACCUUCAAAUUUCAAGAUAGCAUGUUUCCCGUCCCAGGAAAGUCAUCAGUCUCGCCGACACCACCGCCAUUUACCAGUACCCCUGCCUUGAACGCUCAGCAGUCAUAUACCGCCAAUCUGACUGUUGCAUAUCUGACCACGGCGCCCCCAGCAACUCUGACAGCUACCUUCUCGAUCCCCGUACCCCAAACAGGCACUGUCUCACCUAAGACUGAUGCAUCAACCCAAACGCAGCUCAAGCUCAUUGGAAAGACGGGACCGUUUGCAAUCUACUCCGGGCUCACUACAAAGACCUUGAGCGGGAAGCAGGUAUAUAGCUUGAGUGUGGAUGUCGCCGCCUCAGGGCAAGCAGGUGGCCUCGGAUUCUACAAGAUCUUCAACAAAGAUUCUUGA